ACAUGUCGGUGCCACUAGCCAGGCUGACCAGCCCGGCUUAUCUGUGCCUUCAUGCCUUAAAAAUUAAGAAAAAUUACCUACCUCUGUGUGCUACAAGAUGGUCUUCAACUUCUGUUGUACCUCAAAUUACAACCCACUACACUAUUUAUCCCCGGGAUAAGGACAAGAGAUGGGAAGGAGUAAGCAUGGAGAGGUUUGCAGAAGAAGCAGAUGUCGUCAUAGUAGGUGCUGGCCCUGCAGGGCUCUCUGCAGCCAUUCACCUAAAGCAGUUGGCUGCCAAGCAUGAGAAGGAAAUUCGUGUGUGCCUGGUAGAGAAGGCUGCUCAGAUUGGAGCUCAUACUCUCUCAGGGGCUUGCCUCGAUCCACGUGCUUUUGAAGAGUUAUUCCCAGACUGGAAGGAGAAGGGAGCUCCACUUAAGACUCUUGUAACAGAAGACAGAUUUGGAAUCUUAACAGAGAAAGGUAGAAUUCCUGUGCCAAUUCUUCCAGGUCUCCCAAUGAAUAAUCAUGGUAAUUACAUUGUACGCCUGGGACAUUUAGUGAGUUGGAUGGGAGAGCAAGCAGAAGCCCUUGGUGUUGAAGUAUACCCCGGGUAUGCUGCUGCUGAGGUUCUUUUUCAUGAAGAUGGUAGUGUGAAAGGAAUUGCUACUAAUGAUGUAGGGAUACAGAAGGAUGGUGCUCCAAAGACAACAUUUGAGAGAGGACUAGAACUACAUGCUAAAGUCACAGUGUUUGCAGAGGGGUGCCAUGGACAUCUAGCAAAGCAGCUAUACAAGAGAUUUGACUUAAGGGCCAACUGUGAGCCCCAAACCUAUGGAAUUGGACUGAAGGAGUUAUGGAUUAUUGAUGAAAAGAAGUGGAAACCUGGGCGAGUAGAUCAUACUGUUGGCUGGCCUCUGGAUAGACAUACUUAUGGAGGUUCGUUCCUCUAUCAUUUAAAUGAAGGUGAACCCUUGGUAGCACUUGGUUUUGUGGUUGGUCUAGACUAUGAGAAUCCAUACCUGAGCCCAUUUAGAGAGUUCCAGAGAUGGAAGCACCAUCCCAGCAUUCAGCCAACAUUGGAAGGUGGGAAAAGAAUUGCAUAUGGCGCCAGAGCUCUCAAUGAAGGUGGUUUUCAGUCUAUACCAAAACUCACCUUUCCAGGUGGUUUACUAAUUGGUUGUAGCCCUGGUUUCAUGAAUGUUCCCAAAAUCAAAGGGACCCACACAGCAAUGAAAAGUGGAAUUUUGGCAGCAGAAUCUAUUUUUACUCAAUUGACUACUGAAAAUCUCCAAUCGAAAACAACAGGACUCCACAUAACUGAGUAUGAGGACAAUCUGAAGAAAUCAUGGGUAUGGAAAGAAUUAUAUUCUGUAAGAAAUAUAAGACCAUCCUGCCAUGGAAUACUGGGUGUAUAUGGAGGAAUGAUUUAUACUGGAAUCUUUUACUGGAUAUUUAGAGGAAUGGAACCAUGGACUCUAAAACAUAAAGGUCGUGACUCUGAUAGACUCAAGCCAGCCAAGGAUUGCACACCUAUUGAAUAUCCUAAACCUGAUGGACAGAUCAGUUUUGACCUCCUGUCAUCUGUAGCUCUGAGUGGUACUAAUCAUGAACAUGAUCAACCAGCGCAUUUAACCUUAAAGGAUGAUAGUGUACCUGUAAAUAGGAAUCUGUCCAUAUAUGAUGGACCUGAGCAGCGAUUUUGCCCUGCAGGAGUUUAUGAAUUUGUACCUCUGGAACAAGGUGAAGGAUUUCGGUUACAAAUAAAUGCUCAAAACUGUGUCCACUGCAAAACAUGUGAUAUUAAAGACCCAAGUCAGAAUAUUAACUGGGUGGUACCUGAAGGUGGUGGUGGACCUGCCUACAAUGGAAUGUAAACUGCAGUUAAUUACUUUGCAGGCAAAAUGUAUGCAAGAAAACUCUAAAUGCCUUAAAGAAUAUUGUUCAGAAUGUUCAUAAAAUUAUCAUUAAAAUAAAAAUUUUAUACUAUAA